GGUAGAUAACUCUAACAAAUUACUCGAGACUAACGUUUGUUUUCUGUGACACGUGUUUGUUUAUUAUCGUAAAUUUCUAAACUUAUUCUUCUUUUGAGAAAAAUGUCGCUCUCCCAUUUUUCAGCUGCGGAAGUUCAAGCUGUUGGGGCAAGUUUACAAAGUCCUGAAGAUUUAGGUAAUAGGGAGGAUGUAGAACUUCAGUGGGCUAUCAAAGCUUCUAAUCAUGCUGAAACCUAUUUUAAUCUAAUUACGUCAGUUGAUCCAUCUGUUCUUCGACUUACCAAACAAGAUGAUGAAAUAUACAGUCAAUUCAGAACAGAAUUUAAAGACUUUAAAGUUGAUAUAAUUGAUGUUGCAGAAUUGAAAUCAGCUGAAGCAAAGAUAAAAUGGAGAGCGUUUUGUGAAUCUUUCAAAGAUAUGGAUGACUAUAAUUAUGGAUCUUUACUUCGAAUAGACUGUAAAAAAGAUUAUACUGAAAGUAAUUCCAUAUUUGCUUUGAGAAUUCAGUUUCUGGCCAUAGAAAUUGCUCGGAAUCGUGAAGGCUAUAAUGCUGAUUUAAGAAAAACGAAAGGAAUUGUGAAUGAUAGUAAGGAUUCUUAGUGCAGGAGUGGCAAUGACUUGUUUUGGCAAAUUGCUGGUGUAAAGAUUAUCAUUGUGUUUUUUAUAAGGAUGUUACUAAAUGGCUAGUAAUUUGUGUGUUGGCAUAAGGACUGAAAAUCUUUUUUUUAAAUUUAUAUACAAUAUGGAUACUGUACCAUCAAGAGCCACACCUUGUUAGUGCAUACUACCACUAUAUGAUUCAGUCAUGCUAAACAUUGUUUUAAUUUUGAGACAUUGAAAUAAAAAUAUACUUAGACGCAAUGAAAAUGCACUACUAAUAUGACUGGAAUUACUGCUAGGUGUAAUGUUACUGAAAUGUGAUUUUUGGCAUGAUUGUGGGCUGGACAUUUUCCAUCACAAGAAAAUCAACAACCCAAGAAUGCCAUAACAAUUUUACUUUAUAGUUAAAUAUAUGGUGUAGAGUCAGAAAAUGUCAACAUUAGGCCGUCUGGCAGAGCAUAGUCAACGAUGAACAGUGUCAGAAUUGAUGAACCGAUGUGGCAGAACGGGUAACUGGCAGCAUGCAGUCCUGGAUAAAGUGCUGGUUUUGUCAAGGCAUUCACAUGUUGUCAUCCAGGCCUUGGCUGAUCUCUGGUAGACCAUGUUUGCCAAUAGGAUCAGCCAGUUGUAAAAUUGUAGUGUGAUGGCAUCCAAAGCUUAUGACGACGGCUCUGGUUCUCAUGCCCUUUUGAAUUGACGCAAGUGCAUGUUAUCAGUGUUCAAGUGUCAACGUUGGCAUAUAUUUUUGACUUUCAUAGACCCUGGUAUUCAGUUGUUUUGUGCUUUGAGAGAAUUCAUCUGCGGUACAUUUACAUGAUCGCGAAAUCAUCAUUCCCACUUGUUAUCAUCCAACUGAUGUUGUUACAUUCAUAAUUGUAAAUUUAAAGUGUAUGUCUCCAACAUGGUAUACAAUAUAUUAUUUGUGUUGUUUUCAUUGCGUCUCAAUACAUAUAUAUGUUUCUUGGAAUAGGCUUAAAAUUUUGAUAACUACCAUCUUCCAAAUAAAAUUGUGGUAUGGUGCUUAAAACACUGUAUACUUUCCAACCUGCAAAGGAUGUCAGAUGAAACCAGGUGUUUAUUAUAGAAGUGUAUAAUGUUCUCCAGACUGCACCUAUACAAUCUUUUAUACAAACUAGCUAGUGAAAUGUGUACUAUUUAAUGUCUAACCGUUUUUUAAACCACAUGCUUAAUGAAACAUCACAAUUAACCAGGUUACAUUAUAAUUCAUUUUAUAUUAAGCAAGUGAGACAAUAUAGUAUAGCUUUCAUUUUAUAUUCUAUUUACAAUUUGCUACAAAUGAGUUAUAACAUUUUUAUACACGCACAUUGAAAUUUGGUCAUAUAUUGUCAUCGCCCCCGUCCGGCAUCCACAAUUGCUUGUGGAUGCUCUAGAGGCUGAAGUGAAUAUCCGCUUGACUUCAGAUUGAGUGUUUGUGGACACUCUACAAGUCACAAUUCUUUGACGAAACUUGAAAUAUUGUUGUCGCCCCUGUCCGUCAGUAUUUAAGGGCAUGAGUCGAAGAAGCCUAUUGAUUUUCAACGAUGUCCGAUUAUUAAUGCCAGAGUUAUGGCCCUUGAUCACUUUGAAAAUUCUUGUGGACACUCUAGAGGCUAAAGUUAUCAUCUGAUUGAUUUUAUAUCUAUAUAUAAUCGUUUCGAUUGACUUUAGAUUGGUUCACAGAUUUUAAGGCCUCGAGACGAACAAAUACAUUUGUUUUAAAUGUUUUGUAUACUAACGUUAGAUGGGCCAUACAAAUUCUAAUGAUUUUCUGAUAAUUACUUAAUGAGUUAUUACUCUUUUAAUCAGAUUUUAGUGUAUUAUAAAUGUUCCAUUACCGACAAAAGUAAAAAUAUGCGACAACUUUUGUUGACUGCCUGGACAAUUUAGCUGCUGUGGGCGUAUGUUACGUUGUCUGGCAAUCUAUCUUUAUACUCUAAUACAUGUACUACUUUUAAGAUUGGUAUAUUCAUUAUUUGAUAUCUUUCCCUGACAAGGUUUUUUUUUACUGUUAGUCUGCUUUGUGACUUUUAAUUAGGAUCAGUAAUAUUUUAUUCCCAUAUCCUUCUGUUCAGAAUAAAUUCAAGCCAAUAAAUACAAUAUUGGAAUUGAAAAGGAUGUGUAUUUCUUAUGUAUAAAUGUGAAGAGUGUGAAUGUCUUGUGUAAAUGUGCAGGUGUGAAUAUCUUGUUGAAAUGUGAAGAGUAUGAAUAUCCUGUGUAAAUUUCUUAUGUUAAACUCUGUAUACUAUAAAUGUGAGAAAGGGGGGGGGGGGGGGUCACAGUGGCUAAGACACUGGCUCGCUAGCCUGAAGGUCGGGUGUUCGAUCCCUACAUUGACCAAGAACGUUCAUCCCAAUUUUCCGAUGUGGUUCCCCCUUGUCAGUGAUGCAGGACGGAGGGCCUGACAAGUACAGCUGUCUAUUCGUUCGGAUGGAACGAAAAACCGAGGUCCCGUGUACACAUUGUCGUGCACGUAAAAGAUCCCUUGACAGUUGGAAUUCGAUAUAAGAGUAGGCUGUAGUGCCGCUGUUCAAGCAAAAUUUCCCUCAUAGCACACUGUAUGGCAUAUGCCCGUCUUCAUUAGCCCAGAACGGAGUAGGACGUUAAACCCCAUUUCAUUUCAUAUUUAUAAAUGUGAAUUCUUUGUGUAUAAAUGACACUGGUAACAAGCUAUCUACAAACAAGAUUUCUGUACUUGCAGAUAAUAGGCAAAUAAUGUUGAUAAAUUAAAAAAAAAAUAUUAGACCAAUUCCUUUUUCUUUAUGCAAGAUAGUAAUACAGGUCUUGAGAAUUGAAAAUUACACAGGAGUAACAAAUGUGUUGGUCAUAUUUCUUGCUGUAGCUAUUUAAAACACCUGCUAAAUUUCUGUGAAACACAAAAUAGUGAAAUAAAAUAAAAUAUUUUGUGGCUU